AUGAACGCAGCGGUUAGAGCAGUGGUCAGGAUGAGCAUUGCACAAGGAUGCGAGGCCUAUGCGAUCUAUGAGGGAUAUGAGGGAUUAGUACAGGGCGGGGGGCUUAUUAAGAGAAUGCAUUGGGAGGAUGUUCGUGGUUGGCUCUCCGAGGGCGGAACCUUGAUUGGAACAGCCAGAUGCAAGAAAUUUACGGAACGCGCAGGCAGAUUACAGGGUGCAAAGAAUUUGGUCUUGGCUGGAAUUGAUGCUCUUGUUGUUUGUGGUGGUGAUGGUUCUCUGACUGGAGCCGAUAUCUUCCGUAGCGAAUGGCCUGGAUUAUUGGCGGAAUUAAUCGAGCUGGGAGAGCUCGCUGAGGAGCAGUGCUCACCUUUCAAAACCCUCAACAUUGUUGGUUUAGUAGGGAGUAUUGAUAAUGACAUGUCUUCUACAGAUGCUACCAUUGGCGCUUAUAGUUCUCUUACGAGAAUUUGUCAAGCAGUGGAUUUCAUCGACGCUACAGCCUAUAGUCACUCUCGGGCCUUUGUUGUGGAAGUUAUGGGAAGGCAUUGUGGCUGGCUGGCAUUAAUGGCUGGAUUGAGCACCGGCGCCGAUUUUGUUUUCCUACCGGAAAAACCACCCCAAGACAAAUGGGAAGGGGAGAUGUGUCGAAUUAUUAAAACACAUCGUACGGCAGGAAAACGCAAGACCAUUGUCAUUGUGGCCGAAGGUGCUAUUGAUAGAGAGUUGAAGCCAAUUACAGCGACUUAUGUUCGAGAUAUCCUUGUAGACGAGUUGAGAUUGGAUACCAGAAUCACGACUCUUGGUCACGUUCAGCGUGGUGGAACUGCCUGUGCAUUCGACAGGAUUCUUGCUACGUUACAAGGCGGAGAGGCCGUUAGAGCUGUAUUAGAGUCUACUCCAGAUACCCUGAGUCCGAUGAUUGCAAUCAACGAAAACAAAAUUACCCGAAAGCCUCUAAUGGAUGCUGUUAGACUGACCAAAGCUGUGGCAGAAUGUAUAAAAAACAAAGAUUUCGCGGGGGCCAUGAACCUGAGAGACCCGGAAUUUGAAGAAUACCACCGGGCCUAUAUGGUUACGACAAAGCCAGAUGAGCUUUCAGAGAAAGCGCCUCAGGACAAGAGAAUGAGGAUUGCGAUCAUUCAUGUUGGAGCACCGGCAGGAGGGAUGAACGCAGCUACACGUGCGGCAGCUACUUUUUGUCUCAAUAGAGGCCAUCGCCCGUUCGCUAUACACAAUGGAUUCCCCGGCCUGGUUCGCCAUGACUCCGUUCGGGAGUUGAACUGGCUUACAGUCGAAGGCUGGGCCAUUCGUGGCGGCUCUGAGAUUGGAACUAACCGCUCUUUGCCAUCUGAAGACAUGGGCAUGGUUGCAUGGUACUUCCAGCGAUACAAAUUUGACGGUCUCCUCAUUAUUGGUGGCUUUGAAGCAUACCAUGCGCUCACUGAGCUCCAUAGUGCUAGGGAUAGUUAUCCCGCCUUCAGAAUUCCUAUGAUUUGUCUGCCAGCUACUAUUAGCAAUAAUGUCCCUGGAACAGAAUUUUCAAUUGGAAGCGAUACUUGCUUGAACGCACUUAUUGAGUACUGUGAUGCUAUCAAACAGAGUGCAAGUGCUAGCAGAAGGAGGGUAUUCGUCGUCGAAUGUCAAGGAGGAAAGUCUGGUUAUGUGGCUACUAUGGCUGGACUCUCAGUUGGUGCGCUGGCUGUAUACACACCCGAAGAAGGUAUAAAUCUCAAUAUGUUGAAGGAUGAUAUUGAUCACCUUCGAGAGAGUUUUGCGAACGAUAAAGGAAUGAAUAGGGCUGGCAAGUUAAUCUUGAGAAACGAGAAAGCGUCUAAGACCUAUACCACUGAAAUAAUUGCUUCAAUUAUCCGCGAGGAAGCAAAUGGUCGAUUUGAAUCCCGUACUGCUAUUCCUGGACACGUCCAGCAAGGUGGUACUCCAUCUCCUAUGGAUCGUGUCCGGGCGGUAAGAUUGGCCGUCAAGUGCAUUCAAUUUCUUGAGUCAAAUAAGAAGGCUCCCAAAGAGGUUUUCAAAGACCCAAGCACAAGUGCAGUCAUCGGUGUUAGGGGAGCAAGUGUCGUGUUUACUUCAAUUGAAGAUCUUCGCGGGGCUGAAACUGAUUGGGAUUCAAGAAGACCAAGAAAGGCAUUCUGGCUAGACUAUAGGGGCUUGGUAAACACCCUCGGCGGACGUGCUGGAACACCGACGGGUUAGAGAGCAGGGUUUUUAUGUCGUUCGCGCCUGUUCGUUUUUUAGUCUUAUUUUUAUAUUUCUUUUUUAUAUUUUUUAUGCUUUCUUUGUGGGUUCGGCGGGAAGCAGUUUGGUUUCGUCAGAGUGGGCAAUCUGGUCCGGAGGGGAAAAGGAGAUGUUAUUAUACUCGUGUAGAGAAUAUCUUUCUAGGCUUAGUACAUAGAUUUGUUGCGUGCAAUGGUAAAGUUUGAUAGUAGAAAGAGGUGUUGUUUUGUGGUGGUAGUAUUGUAUGUACUGUACUAGUUCUAGUAGUUUGUGCGGGGUGGGGGGCAUGGUGGAGUACAAGUUCCAAACGCAUUUAGGCUGGAGAAUUAUGGCAGUUUAUCCUAAUGGGUUAUAUAUUGGCUUUAGCUGAUUGCGGGUAGUGGGAUAGAACUUUAGUUUGCAAUGCCAUAACUGCUGUACUGUAUUAUGAUGCUAUUGAAUCUCUUUAUAGUAUAAUAUUAUAAUCCUAAA